AUGCAUGGCAUGGCAGCCCAUGUGAGCGCACCUCCUCUUGUGUCCAUCGCAUGCCACCGCGCCCUCCCUGCUCGCCAUCCUCGCCGCCACCACCUGCCUGCUCAUGCCUCCUCCCCUCCGGCCCCCCUGCAGCAGGGCACGGAGCGCAGUGCAGUGCUCGUGGGGCAUCCACGCCAGGGCCUCCUGCACCAUCCGCUCCACCGCCUCAUCCUCUUCCGCCCCUCCUGCCGCCCAUCCCGCCCUCCCUCUCACCCUCUCUCCGCUCCCGCCACAUUGUUGGUGGCACUGUCCGUGCCCCCCUGCUGCGCGCGCGUGACUCCCAUCCCUUCACACUUGCCCUCGCGCGCCUCCACACAUCCUCCCUCCGCCUCGUCUCCACCCCUACUCCUGCUCUCUCCUCCCCUUCGCCCCAUCGUGCGCCACGCUGUGCAACGCCUGUCGGCGUGCGUGCGUGUGCCCCCUGUGGGGCAGUGGGUGGCGGAGCACAUGGCCGAGGGGCGCUAUGCCGGGCACCAUCCACAUCGGUCAUUGUCUCUGCCCCUUCACCGUCACACGCGCGAUUCACGGGUUAGGUCCAAUCUGGUUUCCUCGCCGCGCGCCGAAAUGAAGUCCGCACGAGCAGCGCAGUUGACGGCGGGGAAGGCGCUGGUGGUGGUGGGGUCGGCGAACGCGGACGUGUACGUGGAGGUGGCGCGCAUGCCGCUGGCGGGCGAGACGGUCAGCGCCACCUCGGGCUGCACGUUGCCCGGCGGCAAGGGCGCCAACCAGGCCGCGGCGGGCGCCCGCCUGGGACAUCCCACGUACCUCAUCGGACAGGUGGGCAGCGACGCCAACGGCGCGAUGCUGUCGGCAGCGCUGGCAGGCACGGGCGUGCGCGUGGACCACCUGGUCACGCUAGGCGCGCCCGCGCCCGCCUCUUCCUCCGCCGCCAUGACGUCCGCGCACCCCAGCGUGGUGGCCGCCAACGCCGCCAAGGCGGAGGCCGAGGCAGCCCUGAGCCAGGCGCAUGCGGCGGCGCAACGAGCACAGCUGGCUGCGGCGACUGCGAGCCGGGAGGCACAGGCUGCUGGUGGCGGUAACUUCCGAACAGGGGCUGCGAGUGCCGCUGCAGCCACCGCACAGGCGGAGGCAGAGGCAGCAGCUGCAGCCCAGAGAGCGGCGUCGGCGGCAGCACGGGCCGCCGCAGAGGCAGCGGCAGCAGCAGAUGGACAGAGCGAGGCUGCUGCAAGGGGGGCGGCCGCUGCCGCUGCUUCUGCUGCGACUGCGGCUGCUAACAUGGCAGUGGGCGGUGGAGAAGGGAGUGUGGCAACAGGGCAGGCGAUAGUGAUGCUGCAGGCGGACGGCAGCAACGCCAUCAUCAUUGUGGGCGGGGCGAACAUGGCGUGGAGCAAGAGGCGCGUGGAGGGCAGGGGUGGGGGGCGCAGGGAAUCGUUCUUCAGCGAGCAGGCGAGGGAGGCGAUCCGCGGGGCGGGCAUGGUGCUGCUGCAGAGGGAGCUGCCGGACGACGUCAAUGCUGAAGCCGCGGAGCUGGCAGGGGCAGCGGGAGUGCCAGUGGUGCUGGACAUGGGGGGCAUGGACGGGCCUCUACCAGACGCCAUGGUGCGGCGCGUGGCAGUGAUGAGCCCCAACGAGACGGAGCUGUCUCGCCUCACAGGCCUGCCCGUCUCCUCCAUCCCCGACGCCGAGAGGGCUGCGCUCACCUUGCUGGCCAAGGGAGUGCCCAAGGUGCUGGUGAAGCUGGGCAGCAGUGGCUCCUUGCUCGUGUCCUCCUCCCCUCUCGCACCCGCCUCCUCCUCCUCGCCCCUCUCUGCCACUCUCACCACGGGUACGGAUGGCUCGGGGCGUCAUGUGUGGCAGCUGCGGCAGCCAGUGGUGCCGGCGCGCACAGUGGUGGACACAACAGGGGCCGGCGAUACCUUCACCGCUGCAUAUGCCGUGGCACUGCUGUCCGGCUCCUCCGAUGCUGAUGCGCUGCUAUUCGCCUCCUGUGCUGCUUCGCUGUGUGUACAAAAGAAGGGAGCCAUGCCAAGCCUCCCAGACCGGGCCGCGGUGCAAGCUUUGGUGCAGCAAUCGCAGAACUCUUGCCGCAUUCACUUGUGCCCUUCGCCGUGCGACAUCCAUUGCCAUAUUUUGCCGCCAGUCGGCAAUCUGCGCAAAGCGUCUUCCCCACUGCAUAUUUCCGCAAUGACCGCCGCCAUGCCAGCGUCAUCCCUCGACCCGCCCGCUCGUCGCUGGUCCUUCGCGCCCACUGCCGUCUUGGCCUGCUGCUUCUCCGCCUCGCCUGCGGACCGGGAAUGCGCGGGAAAUCACGGUAAACCGCAACGAGCGGUGACUUCAUCGGAUGCAGGUGUUGCUGUGUGCGAUCCCUCGGCGCAUGCCCAUGACCGCGAGGAUCGCAACAUCGCAUGUGCCCAAUCAUACAACACUCACAGCGUCGGAGCAAACGGUAUCCGCAAAUUCGAUGGCAGCAGCUCGGAGACCCCGGAUGCCAAAGGCGCUGUCGGCUCGCGUUGCCCUGCGCCACAUGCGGACGCCAGGCGUAGCGCCACUGCCGGAGCCGGAUCCGGAAAAUGCGCCGACGGGCUCGCCGGUGAGGGCGGUCGGAGUCGGCUCUCCCGCUUGCUGUCUUCGAUCCGCCGCAAGCGCCGCCGGCAGCCAGGCUCGCGGGGGGGACAGCCGCACGGCGGUGGGCAACGCGACGCGGAAAGGAGGGUGGGAGGGGAGGGCGGAGAGCCGGCGCCUGGUCCAGACGAGGCGCGGGACGUGUGGGAGGCGGCGGAGACCGGCGGGCUGAGCGCGUGGGUGGUGCCCGCGGUAGCGGCGGCUAACGCGGCGACGGCUGCGCUGGGCGACCUUGUUAUGGGCGGCGGGCGCUUCUGCUUCCCGUCCCACCGGACCUUCCCGCCGCUCGCAUCACUGAGCCGCUCCCGCAGCGUCAGUAGCGCCCACGAUGCCGCGGCGGAUAGUUCGCGCAGCCGCGGAAGCGUGUUGGGGCGGAACGCCAGCCUUGAGCGGAAUGCGGGUGGCGAAUCCGCGCGUGCUGGCGCAAGCCAAGGGGGAGGCGCAGAGACAGGCGACUGGGAGAAGAGCGAGAGGCGCGGCACAGACGCGCCUCAAGAAAGCGGAGCGCGCGAGGAUUCGACGUGGGAGAUUGAAGGGCAGUCGACGGCGGCCGCGGAUAGCGAAGGCCGUGAGGAGGAGGGGGUGACGCGUGGAGGGCAGGAGGGGGGAUCUGUACCUGUGGCGGAGGCGGGAGAGCGAAUUGUGGGGGCGAUCUGCGAUGGUGACGCGGGCGCGGAUGCGGACGAGGGUGGGGAUGCGCUGAGAGCUGCUGAGAUGGGCUCGGACGGGCCUGCGGGAGGGGGUAGCACGUGCCAAGCUAGGGACGCGGAGGAGUGCGGGGACGGGGAGAAGGCGUCGGCAGCGGGUCUAGAGAAACGCUUGCUUCCCCAGGAGGCGAAAGGGGAGGAGGAAGGUAGCGAGGAGAGUAAAGCGGGCAGGAAUGGGAUCACGGGUGGUGCGUUGGAGGGCAGUGCUGGCGCGGCUACUGGCAACGGCGCGAGGCGGGCGGGCAAGCCGGUGAAUCGCGCGUGGCACCACAGGGGCGCGUCGGAGGGCGAGGGGGCGAGCGCGCGCCCCUCCUCCAGCAGUGGUGCCGUCAGCGCCUCCCCCAUGCCUCCCCUGCCGCCCCGACCGCAAACGUCCGCAGCGGUGAGGGAUGGGAAGGGCGGAGGGGAAGGGGCGCGGGCAAUACAGGGCGGGGGAGAUGUGCAGGUGCUGCGGAUGGAGUGGGGGAGUGGCGGGGAGGCGGGGUGGGUAGUGAGGCACGGGCGACAGCAGCGCAGGCAGCUGCAGGCACAGCAGGAGGAGGAGGAGGAGGAGGCGCAUGUGGAGGAGAGCGAGGAGGUGCAUGCGGUGGGUGAGGGCUCGCCGCACUCGCAUGCCAGUGCGAGUGGCAGUGGGGGCCGGCAUGGUGCAGGUGAAGUUGACACGGCAGCGGGGAGCGGUGGUGGCAGCAGCAGGAUGAAGGCGGGGUGGGGAGGGGAUGGCAGGGAAGCAUGUGUGCGGCAUGCUCGGUCGCGGUCCAUGGCAGUGAGCCUGCCGUCCUCCUCCACGCUCGUCCACGUGCACCCCUUCCAGCAACGCGUUCGCAUGUUCACCACCGCCUCCACAUCCCCCUCCGCGCACGCUCCCCCGGCGCUCACUGCCUCCGCUGCCCCGGUGCCUGCUGACCGCGCGUGUGUACGGUCAGUCGGUGCGCGCCCGAGCACUGAAGGGUGGCCGGAGCACACAGCGGAGGCUGGAGCACCCAUGCUGCAGGCGUCGCCGCGAGUGCAGAUGCUGCAGCGCCCCCAUUCCGCUGGUGGACGGCGCCCCAACUGCAGCUGCCUGAGCUGCAGCGGUGGCAGCGGUGGUGCCAUGCGUCAUAGCGCUGGCCCCCUCGCUCCUUGCACUCGCGACCGCAGUGAUGACAAGAGCGCACUGCACAGCCAGCCGUGGGGCGACAGCGGGCAAGCACUCGAGCCACCCUCUGCGCAUGAGGGCUCUGGGCUCCCUGCUCUCGAUGCAGGCACUGACAGUCUGGUGCCACUGGCCCCAUGCUCCCCUGCUCACAGCAGAGGCGCAGUGCCACGGAGUGCCAGUGGCAGUGCUGGUCGCAGCAACAUACUGAGGAGCAGCAGUGGGAGCAGUGCCGCCAGGCCCGUGCGCCGGGUUGCAGAGAGUGACGCGCAUAGCACCAGCUCCCCAACCACCUUCCACGGAUCCCCUGCACCUACCAAUCGCAGCCCCAUGCGCCCCCCCCUGGCUGCCGUCCCUUGGGAGCAGGGAGUGGCGGGUGGUGGAAGAUCAGGGGUGGCACAGUCAGGCGUGGGCAGGCCGGGCAGGACGAGGAAGGUGAGGCGGUGGGCGAGUGAGGACUUCAGGGAUGCCAUGGGCGUGGGGCAGUCGCCAGGCAGUAUGCCGCAGGCGGGGGGGAGGGAGGCAGGGAGUGGGAGCGAGAGGGAGGCGGGCACGGUAAGAAGUAGUGCCCCGUGGGCCAGCAGAGGGCAGGCCAUGGACAGUGCGGGGGAGUUGAUGCAGCAGUCUGAGUGGAUGGGGGAGGAGAGGGGGUCAAGGUGGGCAGUGGAGGGGUUUGGAUCUCCAGUGGGCAGUGGUGAUGAGGCUAGGGAGCACAUGGGCAGAGAGCAGGAGCGGAGGAUGAGAAGGAGGGGGGUAGGGCAGAGGGUAUCACGAGAGAGGGCGACAGGGGUGGUAGAUGACUGGGAGGACCCCGAGUGCAGAAAUGUAGGGAGUGGGGAUAUAGAGAAUGGGGGCGGCAGUGGGCAUGCGAGGGUAGGGGCAGGUCCUCGGGUUGUAGGCAGCAGGCGGCUUCAGAAGCACAGGUCAGCGCCCAUCAAGAGCCUUUAG